CGAGAAGAGUGAACGCGCGCGCAAAUGAGUCCGUGAAUAUCUCGGAGAUCGAUCGCCGGUGAGAUGAUCGGUUCGCAAUAGUCGUGAUCGGCGUUAGCUCGCUCGCUCGCUCGCUCGCGUGCGCGCGCGCGCGCGCGUCUAUUCGCGGUUUUUUAUUAUCACGUCUGAUAGUUGUGACAAGAGAAAGAAGAAAUGUGUUGAGCUUGUUGUCUAAGUGACGGUAGAUAGAUGUGAAGGAUAGUAUUGGAGGGAGGAGGAGGAAGAGAAAGAAUAUAAUAAUUAUAGUCGAUAGAAUUAAAGAGUGAUAGAGGAAUAGAAAUAGAUAAAGGAAAAACAACAGAGAUAAAGCAACAGGAAUAAGAAGUGGAAGAGAAAGAAGAAAGAGCAAAUAGCGAUGACGAGGGAUCCGCCGGCGUGGAGGACGGCACGCGGUUGCCGGCGCUGAGGACGUCGGCACGGAGGACGUCCGAGCGAGGGCCGACGCCGGAUGAGGAGGGAUCGCGGCGAUAGGACUCGAUCGCUCAUCGGCCAGGCGAUAUGAGUUCGAAAUUCAUAAUCGAUAGUAUGCUACCAAAGUAUCAUCAGCAGUUCCAUCACCAACAACUGUUCACGAGCACGAAUCCCGGUACGAUACAGGCCUGUACCGCUGCGAGCAGUCCGGCGAGCGCGGCUGCGAGCUUAGAAUCAAGCCUAUCCGCGGCUGCGGUCGCGGCCGCGGCAGUAAAUUACGCACAGCAGCACAAUUCGCCGAGUCCGACGGGCUCAAGCCCUCAACACUCGGGUAGUUCGGCCUCGACCUCGCCGGCGGCCCGCACCGCAUCAAGCAUGUAUCCUUACGUUUCGGCCGCGGCCGCGCAUCAUCAUCAUCAGCAACAACAAGCGGUCGCGGCGGCCGCGUUCGGUGCGACCUCCAGCAUGGUUCCUGGAUUUGGCUCGAGCGCGGCCGCAGCCUCCAGCGCUGCCCUUGCCGCGGCAGCGGCCGUCGACGCCGCGACAGCCGGUGACAAAUCUUGCCGAUACACCGCCAGCCUUGCUGGAAAUGUCGCACCAACUUCGGCCGACCCUAUGGUCAACUAUACCCUCGGCCAUCAUCAUCAAAACGGUGCUACCCCUGGUAGCCUCGUCUCUUCCGCCUCGGCUUCCUCCGCCGUAUCGGCCGCUUCCGCAUCUAUGGCCGCGGCGGCACAGUUCUAUCAUCAGGCCGCCGCGGCCUCGGCCGUCGUCGAUCCUCUUACCUCCUGCCAGCAGCCUACCACUGGUCAACCUGGUAUUUCGGACAUUCCUCGCUACCCUUGGAUGUCCAUUACAGAUUGGAUGAGCCCCUUUGACAGAGUCGUAUGCGACGAUCGUAAUUAUUAUUUUCCAGGUCCAAACGGUUGUCCGAGGCGCCGUGGCAGGCAAACGUACACGCGAUUUCAAACGUUGGAGCUCGAGAAGGAGUUCCACUUCAACCAUUACCUAACGCGACGGCGGCGAAUAGAAAUCGCGCAUGCCCUCUGUCUGACGGAAAGGCAGAUUAAAAUCUGGUUUCAGAAUCGCCGUAUGAAGCUGAAAAAGGAACUUAGGGCGGUAAAGGAGAUCAACGAGCAGGCGAGACGAGAACGAGAGGAGCAAGACAUGAUGAAGAAGCAGCAGGCAGAGAAACAGGCGAAGAUGCAGCAGGAGCAACAAAAUGCCGCUCUACAGCAUCAACAGCAACAUCAUGUAAGCGGUCUGGACAAGUCGCAGAGCGAUCUACUCAAGGCGGUUAGUAAGGUGCCAACAUAGGAGACCUUGCUGAACCGACUCUCUUUCUUUUAAAGGAAGAAACUAGAGACUGAAGCGACCUGGACGGAUACGCCUACGAAAACGAGCGGACGGCUGGUAAGCGGACGGCUUCUUCCUCGCCUUCCUCCUCACCCUCCAUUAUAACUACCUUCUAUUCCUCAAACUUCUUCAUCGCUUCGUUAAGAGGAAGGAACAAUGAAGGAAGGAAAGAAGGAAGCUUGGCUAUGGAUCCUGUGGACAUCGAGAGCGUAGAACGAAGAAGAAGAUAGGAUUCGCCUCGUCGGAUAUAUCCACCCACCCCCCUCUCCCUCCUCCUGCCCCACCCCACCUUUUAUUCCUCUUUUUCCUAUCUACAUUCUUAUUAUUCCUUCCCUCAUAUUCCUUCGAUCCAUAACCCAUAGACCCAACGAGGAAAGGCAGCGAGGUAGACGUUACGCUAACAUAGUAGAAAUAUCGAAAAACGCAUCGAAGUCUCGAUUCACAUGUACUUACUUACUUACUCGAUGACCGGCCACCAAGCUUCCCUUCGCAAAUAAGGAGAAUGGCGAUCGGGAUAUAGGCUGGUCACUGACUGAUUCCUAGAACGUAUAACGUGUAUUUGUUAAAUCGGCGAGCGUGAUCGACGGAUAUAAAGGAUGACGGCCUUCCUCAAGAGGACGAAAAUAUGUAAUGGCUCCCAAACAAAGCCGAUACUCGGCGAGACGCGAAAGAGAAAGUGACGGGGGUUGGGGAAUGACAAAAGGGUCGAUCGUGAAAACAGAGAGAGAGAGAGAGGGAAGAGCGAGAGAGA